AUGUCCGCAGCGACCGCGAAUUCCAUCGCGUACUCCGCCCGAACGCGAUCGCGCUCGAUCGAUCGCGCUCGAUCGCGCUCGAUCGCGCGAGCGUUGACAAAGCUCGACCCUCCUGCGUCAGACUUGGAAGGCUUUGACAAAGAAAUUCGCUUCGAAUGGAUCGGACACACCGCCGCGUUCGACGCAAGGACGGGAGAGGCGGAGGUUCUGCCUUCUUACGUCGUUCCACCCGCGUUUGCGGAGUGGGGAGUCGAGCUCACGGAUUGGCAAUCGCAGUGCAGCACGGCGGUGAGCGGGCGGGCGCUGUACGCGAAGGAUGCGCGGUUCGUCCCUGUGGUCGGAUGCGAAGCGGACGCGAGCACGGUGUACGAUGCGGAGGUCGAUUUAAUCAGUGUUGAUUCUAUGGCGAUCGAGGAGGGGUGUUACAGCGCGCAUUACGUCGACUCAAAGGGGCACGAGACGGUGACGCACUGCGUGACGACGGCGCCCGGGACGACCGAGCCGAGAAUGCGAGUGCGGGCGAAACAUCGAGCUGAUGGAUUAGGGACGGUGAGAAUAUGGAGAGAGGCUUUAGACGACGAGUUCACCGACGGAGGCGUCUUGGCAUCGUCGUGCGGUGGGAACAGCGCGGUGGCGAAAUUCGCCGAAGGCGCGAGAGACGCGUUCGAUGUCGCGCGACGCGUCGACCCCUCCUACGACAUCCCGUCCGAUGCUGUGGCGUUACCCGCGGGCAUAUGGUUCCGCGUCGUCGUCAACGAGGACGGUUCGUACGACAGCGAGCUCGGAUACGCCCACGAGGAGUCCAAACAACACCUCGUGAGCGCCCGCGCGCGCGCCGGAGCCGACGAGUCAUCCGUCGACGUCUCCUUCCAUCGCUCGCGCACCGCUUGA